UGCUGCAGAGAAGACUGGAGAACAUGGAGAACCUGCUGAAGAAUAGGAACUUCUGGAUCCUAAGAAUUCCCCCUGCUAGUAAAGGAGAAGACCCAAAGGUCCCAAUGGCGUUUGAUGAUGUCUCAAUCCAAAUUCCCCGGGAGAAGUGGGAGAAUUUGGAAGAGUGGCAGAAAGAGCUUUACAAGAAUGUGAUGAAGGGCAACUAUGACUCUUUGAUCUCACUAGAUCAUGCCAUUUCCAAGCCUGAUAUUUUAUCGCGGCUUGAACAAGGGGACGAGCUAUGUGCUGGGGAGCCGCAGGACUUGGAAGUGAGAGAGAUCCCUACAGAGUCUCCCACUGAUGUCAUUCAUGACUUUCCACCUGCCCCAGGUACUUCGGUCUCUGCCGGUCCCAGCACAGAAUCUCCCAUUUCUACCACGGACAUUAUGUCAUGGAUUAAACAAGAAGAGGAGCAGAGCAUACGGGCUCAAGCGAAUGCUAAGGAACGAGAAACGCAUAGAAGUACCUGCACCACAGAUGAUAGGAUCUUGGUCAAACAUGAGGAGCGUCCUGAGGAGAGAGGUCCUGUGAACCAGGAACUGCCUGUAACCUUAUCAGGAAGAUCAGAAGCAUGCGUUUUCCAGGUAGCCAGCUGCGAAAAUCAGCCCAACUCAGACAUGCAGGUCAUCUCAACCACAACCCCUACAGCAAACAAUCUGGGGGAAUCCACUCAAGGUGAAACAGAGUUUGGUCAGUUUCCAAACGUCACCGCCCAACAGGGAAGCCAACUGGGAGAGAGACCAUAUUUGUGCAGUGAGUGUGGGAGGUGCUUCAGCCGGAAAGACAUCUUCAUAUCACAUCAGAGAACCCACACAGCCGAGAAACCCUAUUCCUGCUCCGAGUGCGGGAAAAAGUUUGCCCAGCAAUCCAACCUGAACAACCACUUCCGGCUCCACACAGGUGAGAGGCUUUAUGUGUGUUCACAGUGCGGGAAGAGCUUCAUCCACCAGUCCAGGCUCACCUACCACUACAGAGUCCACACGGGAGAGCGGCCCUAUAUGUGCACAGAGUGCGGGAAGGGCUUCACCGAGCAAUCCAAAUUAACAAACCACUAUCGAAUCCAUACAGGCGAGAGGCCGCACACUUGUGCCGAGUGCGGGAAGAGCUUCAGUCUGAAGAUAAGCCUUAUAAUUCACCAGAGAAACCACGCCAAGGAAAGGCCUUAUGAAUGCACUGAAUGUGGCUUAAACUUCAAUUGUCACUCAGGACUCAUCAGGCACCAGAUGAUUCACACAGGGGAGCGACCCUAUAAAUGCACAGACUGUGGGAAAGGCUUCAUGCGGAAGGAGCAUCUUCUGAACCACCAGCGACUGCACACGGGAGAGAGACCCUACCAAUGUACGGUGUGCGGGAAAAGCUUCAUUCGGAAGCAUCAUCUUCUGAAACAUCAGCGGAUCCACACCGGGGAGCGGCCCUACCAGUGCGCUGAGUGUGGCAAGAGCUUUAGGUAUAAACAGUCGCUCAAAGAUCACCUGAGAAUUCAUAAUGCAGAGCAGGGGCCGCCGGAAAUUUCCCAGGGCCUUUUGCAGGAAAUAGAAACUGGGCUCCUUGAUGUUAAAAUAGAAAAUACAUGCCAGGCCGCGGCUCCCUCCCGGCUGCGCUCGCUCUGCUCCGGCCGGCAGCGGGGCCGGCCCGUGGCGAGGCGGCGCCGGGACUCUGCCCAGCCCGGAGCGGGAGCGGAGCUCGGCCGGGCCGGGCCCGCUGGAGAAGCCCCGCCCGGGGGGGCCAUGGCCGAGCGGGCCGCUGCCCAGGCUCCAGAAUGGGACGCAGAGUCAUGGUGGCCAAUGCCUGCGCAGCCACCUGCUGUCCCUGAAGAAACUUCCCUGAGAGAAACCCAGCUGCAAAGAGCAGAGAUUUCUUUGACUGUGGUGGCUGAAGUUCAAGCUGUAGAGAGGAAGGUGGCUUCUCAGGCUGCACAGUUGCUGAAUCUGGACGGGAGAAUGGGGACGGCUGAGAAGAAACUAGUCGGCUGUGAGAAAACAAUGGUGGAGUUUGGGAACCAGCUGGAGAGUAAGUGGGCGGCGCUGGGAACUCUGAUCCAGGGGUACGGGCUACUGCAGAGGAGGCUGGAGAACAUGGAGAACCUGCUGAAGAACAGGAACUUUUGGAUCCUGAGACUCCCCUCAGGCACUAAAGGAGAAGUCCCCAAGGGAUGGGAGAGUGCAGCCAAAUGGCAGAAGGAGCUUUGCGAGAACGUGAUGAAGGGGAACUUUGAGACUCUGAUCUCCCUGGACUCUGCGAUUUCCAAACCCAGCAUCCUGUCCCGGCUUGAACGAGGAGAGGAGCCAUGUGUUGAGGAUGAGCCGGAGGAGACAGAAAUCCGCAUGGAGCCCAGCAUGGACUCUCCGGUUCCUACACAUGAGAUUUCAUCCUGGAUUAAACAGGAGGAGGAGCUAUGUAUCAAGGAUCAGCAGGACUCGGAGGAGAGAGAGAUCCCUGCAGAUCUUAGAAUGGAUGUUGAGCUCACAAUCAAAACAGAGGAGCAAUAUCCUGAAGAAGGCCCUAGCAACCUAGAGCUCCCUGGGCCGUUGCCAGGACCAGCAGAGGAGAGAGCUUUCCAGGGUGCUGAACAGGAAGCGGCUGUUGAGAGUCCUUGCACUUCAAUCCGCUCUCCAGGUAACAACCUGGGGGAACUUACUCAGCAUGAAAGAGAACUCAAAACUGCUGCUGCCCAUCCCAGGGGCGAUGCAGGAAUGGCCCCCUAUGCAUGUGCCCAAUGUGGGAGGAACUUCACUCGAAAGGACAUGCUCCUGUCGCACGAGAGACUCCACACGGGUGAGAGGCCCUACAUGUGUGCUGACUGUGGGAAGAGCUUUAGGCUCAAGAUCAGCUUUAUGAAGCACCAGAGAUGCCACACCAAGGAGCGGCCCUAUCCGUGUAACGAAUGCCAGAAGAGCUUCAAGUGCCACUCGGCGCUCGUGCGGCACCAGAUGAUCCACAGGGGAGAGCGGCCGUAUAAAUGCGACCAGUGCAACAAAAGCUACAGCCGCAAGGAGCACCUCCAGAACCACCAGCGGCUGCACACCGGGGAGCGGCCCUUCCAGUGCGCAACCUGCGGGAAGAGCUUCAGUCAAAAGUUCGUACUUGUCUCGCAUCAGCGCAUCCACACGGGGGAGUGGCCCUAUAAAUGCACGGAGUGCGGGAAAGGCUUCAGUGAGAAAUCCAAGCUGACCAGCCACUACAGGAUCCACACCGGCGAAAAGCCCUACAGUUGCGCCCAGUGCGGGAAGAGCUUCCACCUCAAGAGCGGCUUAAAGCACCAAAGAAACCACGGCAAAGAGAAGCCCUACGAAUGCAGUGACUGCGGGAAGAGCUUCAAGUGCCAGUCGGAACUCACCCGCCACCGGAGGGUCCACACAGGGGAGAGGCCUUACAAAUGCACCAAGUGCGACAAAAGCUACAGCCAGAAGUACCAUCUCCUCCAGCACCUGCGCGUUCACACGGGGGAGCGGCCCCAUCAGUGCAGUGACUGUGGGAAGAGCUUCAUCCGGAAGGAACAUCUCCUGAAACACCAGCGGAUCCACACCGGAGGGAGGCCUCACCAGUGCAGCGAAUGCGGGAGAAGCUUUCAAUAUAAGCAGUUGCUGAAAGACCAUCAGAGGGCGCAUAGAGCGGAGCCAGAUCACCUGGAGGCUUCUCCAAGGACUGAAGCCUGGGUUCCUUAA